AUGCUUAUAUGCCCCGCCACAAUCACUCUCGUUCAAAAACUCUGGUCUUUGAUAGAUCCUGCUCCUCCCCCAGAGGUUCAUCUCAUCGACUAUGGUCUCAACUGUCUCCCCAGGUCUUUCAAAUCGCCUGAAGAAAAAGCUCAUGGUCAAAUCCUCAUCGACCUUGCAGCAAAAUUCCGUGCCACAAAACCAACCCGUCCCCACCGCAUCCCGCUGCCCACCCAAGAACCUGUUCCUGGUGAUCCGUUCCCUCAUCUUCUAUCCGAAAUUUCCACCGUUCCUCGUCAACUCCCUCCAUCUGUGCCCGCCUGA